UUUUGUCCGCAGUGACCUCCGCACGUACGUUCACGCCUUUAAAUCCAACUAUACACAUGCGUCGUCCAAUGAAAGCACGCCGCUAACGCCGAUUUUCAGCAGUGUUGCGGCUAGCUCCAUAACUUCUCCAUCGGGCGGCCACUUUCUCUGGAAAAUGGCGUUGCUAACUCCCCUUUUCGCAUUCCUCUACCACCUGCCGCAGGUUUAUAAGUGGUUGCUGAAACCGUACUAUGUCGCCUCGUUGUUUAUGUCGGUAGCUUUUCUUAUGGUCCGCAAAACACCGGGGAUCUGCGAACAUCUCUCGACGCAGCGUGAGGAUGGAAACUCCUGCGACUUCGAUUGGAGGGAGGUGGAGAUCCUAAUGUUUCUGAGCGCCAUCGUCAUGAUGAAGAACAGGAGAGCCAUCACUGUGGAGCAGCAUGUGGGGAACAUCAUCCUCUUCAGUAAAGUGGCCAACGUCAUCCUCUUCUUCAGACUGGACAUCCGCAUGGGGCUGCUGUACCUCACCUUGUGCAUCGUCUUCCUGAUGACCUGCAAGCCUCCCCUCUAUAUGGGACCUGAGUACAUCAAGUACUUCAGUGAUAAAACCAUAGACGAGGAGCUGGAGAGGGAUGGGCGGGUCACCUGGAUUGUGGAGUUCUUUGCUAAUUGGUCCCCGGAGUGCCAGUCCUUCGCAUCCAUCUACGCUGACCUGUCACUCAAGUAUAACUGUGCUGGGCUGAAGUUUGGAAAGUUGGACGUGGGGCGGUACGGAGAAAUGUCCAAGAAGUACAAGGUGAGCGCCUCCCCCCUCUCCAAACAGCUGCCCUCUCUGGUGCUCUUCCAGGGGGGCAAAGAGAUCAUGCGGCGCCCCCAAGUGGACAAGAAAGGAAGGGCGGUGUCCUGGAGCUUCACUGAGGAGAACAUAAUCCGAGAGUUUAACCUGAACGAGCUCUACCAGCGCUCCAAGAAGCUGUCCAAGGGGCGAGCCGAGCGGUUUCCCCCUGUCCCCGAGGAGGAAGAGGUGGAGCCAGAGCCCAAGGGGGAGGAGUCCGAAACCAAGAAAGACAAAUAGAAAGGCCAGAGACGGGGCACAUCCCUCUAACGACUGUGACAUCACAAUGAGACUGGAUAGAACCAUGCAAAUAUUGAGAGGGUGUGGGGGGGGGGGGGGUGCAUUUAAGGACAGAAUGUGGGCUUUGGAAGUUUGAAUUCAUUUUUGUUUUUGAUUUUUUUCGUUUGUUUUUUUAACAUUUGCAUUCUAAUGAAAGAUUAAGCUAUGUGAUCAACUAUUUAACACUGUAAUAUAUAUAAAUUUAAUCCUGUCUGUGACGCACAGAAAGCUUCUGACUGAAAACCCCUCCUUCGUGUCGUCAUCUUGCCAUCGCCAGUACCUUCACACUCCUCUUGUGGCUCCCCUUCGCGUGCACACACACACACACACACACACACACACACAGGCUCUGCGUCACAGCCUGUCAGAGGAGGAGUGCUGAUCUGGGAUCUGUUCUCCUUUGGGCUCAUAGUGGAUGGCGAUUGGAUAUGGGCACAGGAGACUGAUCCUAGGUCAGCUCUCCUGCUCUCAGACACUUGGUGAACACAGGCCCAACUCCCCGAGUCACAGCCGCUAGUGCAGCGUUUCUAACUGCAGAAGCAACCAGUCUGAGUGAUUAAUGGGGCAGCUGAGGUUAAAUGAGUUAACUGGUGUAGUGGCCGUGGGAACGUUGUGAUCCAGAAGCGUUUAUGGGCAUCGGAGCCGUAAUAUUUGCAUUUCAUUUAAAUUUUAGGCUGUCAGUACCCUCUCAUCCAGGGCAGUUUCCACAGCGUACGUGUUGUGCAUAGUAUGCACUCAGACAGCUGAGUGUGUACUGAAGCUGUUCAGGUGAAGUCCUGCAGCUCAGGGGUGCAACAGCAGGGCCCCACCUGGGGACCGGAUCACCCCUCAGGUGCACUGGCUCAGUUCCUGAACCGCGA